GGCGGCGGCGGCUGUGUCCGGCCUGGGAGAAGAGUCCGGUCGAAGCGUGGGCCUGCGAUCCCCGACUCGGUUUUGCCCGCUGCCCGGAGCGGUCGAAGCGCAGCGGCCCAGCUCGCCCUCGCGCCCCUCGGAGCGCCCAGAGCCCGCGGUCCAGCGGCGUCCGACCCCGGCCCGUCUCUGGCCGCCCUAGCUGCCGCCGCGGCCCUGCAGGUCUUGGGGGCGAAGGGGUCGGGCUGGCUCCGGCGCGGCCCGUGGCCUCCGCUCACCGCCGGCUUCUGCAGCGGGGGACCGGCCGGGGUCGGGCGGUCGGAGCCGGGGUCACGACCCACCAGCACGCGGCAGCUGGACGGCAUCAGGUCAGCGGCCCUCGGGCGUGCGGGGCUGUUCCCAGGGAGGGUGGCCGGCGGGACCCGGGAAGAGAGAGGGGCGGAGGAGGCCGGGCCGCCCGCCGCGCCACCCCACGCGGAGUACAGCGAGGCUAGGUCAGUGGUCAGCUCCGCCCGCCGCGGAGCCCAGUUUAUCCAUCACAGCGGAUCGGUCUGGCGGAGAAGUCCGACGUGGAGGGAAUCCGCGGAUGCUGCGUUUACAGACGUCCCUUGCCUGGGCCCAGUGGCCUUCACGACGCUUCAGGACGCACACGGAGGAUUUAAGUGGGGCUACCUCGGAAAACUCCACCCGCUGGCUACUGUAUCCACCGAGAAGCAGCGCUGCCCCUCACCUUUCCCAUCCUCACCCUUGGUGUCCUGGUUCCUUCCUCCUGGAUCUCAGGAAGACCAAAUCACACAGUCUGGCUCACCGUCGAUAUUUAGUGAAAGUUAUUCUCUUUGUGACUUCCCCUACCCUUUUGUCAUAGAAUCUGAUACACUGAUAGCAUAUGAAAAGGGCUCUGAAAACAGUAAAGUCACAAAAAUUCCUAAGUGUUACUGUCGCACCUCACUCUUGGAUGGAAGCGAAGCAGGUGUGUUUGCUCUUCGGGUCAUGAUGUUGAUCCAGACCCACCCGUUCCCCAUCAUCGCCAUGGUGAACGGCCUGGCCACUGCCGCCGGGGGUCAGCUGGUUGCCAGCUGUGACUUUGCUGUGGCGAGUGACAAGUCCUCCUUUGCCACGGCGGGCGUGAACAUCGGGCUCUUAGGCUCCACCCCCGGGGUGGCCUUGGGGAGAGCGGAGCCGAGAAAGGUGGCCUUGGAGAUGCUCUUCACCGGGGAGCCCGUUUCUGCGCGGGAGGCCCCGCCCCGCGGGCUGCCGAGCAGGGUGGUGGAGACCGUGCGGAUCGCGAGGCACGUGGCCUCACCGGUGCCGUCCCUGGGCAAAGCCGCCUUCUCCAGGCAGCUGGCUCAGGGCCUCAGGCCCGCCUGCCACCUCACCUCCCAGACCACGGUGGACAAGCUGGGCCUGCCGGAUGGCCAGGAGGGGGUCGAGGCCUUCCUCCAGAAGAGGAAGCCCGCCCGGUCACACUGAGCGGCCUCACCAGAGGAACCGGGCGCCGUGAGCCCAGUGGGCAGCGCUCAGCGUUCCCCCCCACCGGCCCCACCCGUGACCUUCCGACCCCCAGACACCACCGCUGCCUCGUGACUGUAGCAGAGCCGGCCUGCUUUUCCGGCCUCAGUCACGUCUCAGUGCACGGGGUCUGGGUUACGGGCCGGCGCUCCCUGGGGAAGGGGUGACCUGGAGAGCCGGGUGCUAACGUGAGCGGAAGGCUGUGAGCACACAAGAAAGUCCAUGUGUGACGCUCCUUCCCAGGACCUUAGGUGAGGGGAUGCCCCACCCCCGCAUCCAGGGGAGCAGGUGAAGAUAAAACUGAGGCGAGGAGGGAGGAUUUCAGCGCGACUCUGUGACCGGAAAGGGGCCCCAAGGUGGAGGUGGUGCCAGGUGCCGACGACAGAAACAUCGCAGAUCUCCACGAGACGCUCUCCCCUCUGAAAAUCCUCUUGAUUCUAUUGAGAAAUAAUCAUGCCUCUGGCUUUGGGAUAAUCUGAUGGGGUCUUUUAAAGAUUACCU